CCAUAAAGACUUUUUUUAAAGGCGCCAUUUCGGUGAUUUCGGUAUGCGUCCGACUUCAAGUAAAAAUUAUUUGUAAAUCUUAUUGUUUUUAAUGAAAUUACUUUGAUAAAGUAAUUUUUCAAGCUAAAACCAAGUUUCGAUUUGGAUAUAAAUUAGAAAAAUGCCACGAAAACGGAAAUUAUUAAACUUACGUGAAAGAUGUAGACUUUGUUUGACUGAAAAUGGUGAAAUGCGAGAUUUGUUUACCGAACCAUACUGCUUGAAAUUAAAGGAUCUAUCUGAUUGUACUUCCAUAGAGAUUAAAUGUGAGCAGAAUUUACCGAAAAAUAUUUGUCACGCCUGCAUAUACAAAUUGGAAAGUUGGAAUGAAUUUAAGGAACGUUUCAUGCGUUCCAAUCGUCUCCUGCUGACGCGCUUAGAGGUUGCAGACAAUAAUGAACAUUCUGCUAUUUUGCCAAAGAGAAAAUACAAUGAACAAGCAAGCAGCGAUGAAAAUAGUCUAAACGAAAAUAAGAAAAAGAAUAAGGUCAACAAUUUAUCGCCACUGGCUAUGGAUUCAAUUUUUGAGGAUAAUAAUCAUUCAAAGGAAAUUGAUAUGAAACCAUCAUUGUCGCCAGUGAAAAAAUCAACAAAUUUUAAUACAGAAAAAGAAAUAGAAAAUAAUUUUAGUUCACCAUCGAAACCAUCAUUCUUUCCACAAUAUCGUCAAAUUGCACGUCGUGGUAGAACAUCUGAGAGGCGAAGAGCAUACGCACGUCGUUGGGAUGCUCGUAAAAAGGCUUUAAUUGCUGCCACUGGCAAUAAUACAGAUACAGAUUCUGGUGCAUCUGAUAAUCAAUUAUCACCCGUUCAAAAAGCACGUGCCAAAUCAAAUGCCGAUAAAGAAGAUGAAAAACAGAAAAAAAUUGCCCGCGCAUUAAAGAAUUUGGAAACUAAUAUGAAUGACUUUAAAAAAGAAUCCGAUUCUGAUACUAAAAGAGUACUUCGUUCUCGAAAGUCAAUUGGGGAUGAAGUCAAAGUUAAAAAUCGUAAAUCAAUUGAUAAAGUAAAAGACAUGGAUAAAAGUAAAAUUAAAGAAACUGAUGAUAGAGAAACAGAAAAGGAGAAUGUCUCUAUACCACCACGCACAGUUAAAUCCGAACUUAAAAUUGGAGAUUCCACUUAUAUUGUGACAUCAACUCUUGCUGUUUCGGAACCAGCGCAUUUUGAUAAAGUUUUCCACGAUACGGUAGAUCAAGAGAAACUUGAAAAUACUGAUAUAAUUGAUGCAGUUCAACUUAAGAGAAUUAGUCCACUUUCUAAUGUGAAUAAAGAUAAAAUAGAAAAAUGUUUACAUAUUGAAAUUGAAGGAACUGAAUUUGAAGCACUUCAACGUGUUCAAGUUGAUUUAGCAAGUUUUAUUGAGAAGGAUAUGAAAAAUAAAAUAUUUUCCGACUCAAAUCUCUUAGAUGAUCUCAAAGACAAAUAUAAAGGUUCCUAUGAUAAUCUCGAUCAACAAUUGAAAACAAUCGUAGUGAAGGCAAUAAAGAAAAAUUAUGAGACCUCAGUACAAAAAAAUGAAUUGGAUUCUAGAGAUGAUAUUGAAGUUAGUAAAUCGGUAUCUUUGGAAUUUAUUAAAGCCGCUAUGCAUUCUUCCGUUUUUCAACCUAAAUUAACGCUUGAUCGGCUUGAUGUUUCAAAUGUUCCAUAUAAAAUUAAUAAUGUUGAAGUUUUACAAGAAAAUGCAAAAUUAUACAAGAAUUUAAAGGAGAAAAUAACAUGUUUACAGUCUAUAGAAGAUACAAACAUUAGUUGCGAGGACAAACGAUCAGAAAUUGAAAUUGUAAAGAAAGAAAAACCCAAGAGAAUUGUAAAACAAAAAGUUGAAACUGUCGAGUGUGAUACAACAACACAUCAAGAAUUACAAGAUCUAAAUACGAUGGAAAGCUUUAACAAUAAGGAUUUAACAACUCCUAAAGGUCAAAACGCUUUAAAAACUUUCCAGAAGCAUGGAUUAAAUCAUAGAUGCGGAAUUUGCAAUCGAAUAUUUAUUACAAAAAAAGAUGCCGAUGAACAUAUGAAAUAUCAUCAAGAUCCUUCACACAAAAAUCGUGAAAAAUUAAUGAGAUGUAAACGAUGUCAUGAAAUUGUUCCCGCACGAUUUGUUAAGUCACACAUUUGUUCUGAACAACACAAGUGCAACUAUUGUGGAAUGAGUUAUGUUACAGAGAAAUCAUAUCUUAAUCAUUUAAAGACUCAUCAUAGUGAUUCACAAGUAUUUACAAAUCUACGAGUUCACAAGUGUACUGUUUGUGAUAAAAAAUUCAAUUCCGAAAUGCAACUCGUCGAUCAUUUAUCUGAACAUGAUGAUUUAAAAUCCACAUUUGAAUGCAGUGAAUGUAAUGUUAGAUUUAUAUCAGAGCAGUCACUUAUUAAUCAUUUACAAACUCACAAUAGGCCCGAUUUUGAAAAAUCGUCAAAAUCAAAAAGUAUAAAAAGUAAAGAACAAGAUGUAAAUGUAACUGGACUUGAGAAGAGAACGCUUGAUGGCAAAUUAGAUAAUACCAAAACAAAUGUUUCGAAAAAACAUGAGGGUUAUACAUGUUUUGUGUGCGAUAAAAAAUUCAGUGAUGAAGAAGUUAUGAAAGAUCAUCUUCAACAACAUUGCGAUGAUAUAAGCGAAGAUGAACAAAGUUCAAAGGAACAUUAUCAAUGUGCGAUUUGCAGUGAAUCACUUGAAUCAGAAGAUGCAUUAAGUACACAUGUUGAAAAUCAUUUGUUUGACGACGGAGAUGAUAAUCCAAAUCUCAUUAGCAUAACUGAUGGUGUAAAACAAAAAGAUUAUAAAUAUUAUUGUGAUCAAUGUCCCGAGGUAUUUUCAUCAAAAUCAAUACUUGAAAUGCACAAGGAAAAUCACGAUGAAGAAUCAGACGCCAUGGUAUGGGAAAAAGAGAGAAACAAUUAUUCGUGCACAAUUUGCGAUGAAGUAUUUUCAACUGAAAAUGAACUUGCUGAUCAUUUGGAUAUUCACAAUGAAAGUUCACAUAUUUGUUUAUUGUGUGAAAAAACAUUCUCCACACUUUUAGAAUUACAAACACAUGUUGAGACACACUGAUACAAAACUAAGACAUUAUUUUGAAUAUUUUUUGUUUUGUUUUUAAUUAGUGAUUCACCCGAUUUUUUUUUUCAUUUUCACAAAAAUAAAUAAAAUUAUUUCUAUAAAGUGUGUGAAGAAAAAAAGACCGGUUUUUGUUCAACAUAUUUCGUUGUGAAAAAUAGAUUACCAUCUUAAUUAAGAGUCAUUUCCCUGUUAAAUUUUUUUUUUUAAUGUUGCAAUUUGUAUAUUGCAUAAUGUUUGUAAUUAAGGACCGUUCAUUAUAGUAUAAGAACAUAUAUUUAUAUAUAAGUAUAAUUUCGUUAUAUAUAUAUGACAGGAGAUUUUUUUUUCAUUAAAUUAAAAAUUUUUUUUUAUCAUAAAAAUACUUGACUGCUUAAUUCCCGAAGUGAAGUAAUAUUUUUAUUCUUCUAUAAUAUUACUGUUUUAGUAAAAUAUAAAAAAAAUUUUUUUUUUUUGAAAACUAUAAUAAUUAAUAGUAUGCUUAGGUAAAAUAUUAUAAAUUGUAAGAAACUAUAAAUACGUUUAAAAAUAUUUCAAUGUCAUUUUACAAAU